GACACGCAGUCCUCAUCAGCAAAAUGAGGAGGAAUUAACGCACCGACUGUCACCCGUGUGCUUCCCCACCGCGGUGCACGCAGUGGAUGUUUAAACCUCCUCGUCUGCCGGAGACCAGCGCGGAGAUCUGACUUUAUUCCAUCAAUGAGAUAUGCGGAGUGGCUCUACCGCUCGGUGCUAACGCAGAAAAACACAAGAUGAAGAAGCAGUUCAACCGAAUGAGACAGCUCGCCAACCAAACAGUGGGCAGAGCUGAGAAAACAGAAGUGUUAAGUGAAGACCUGCUGCAGGUGGAGAAGCGUCUGGAGCUGGUGAAGCAGGUUUCCCACAGCACACACAAGAAACUGACCGCCUGUCUGCAGGGCCAGCAGGGCGUGGACGUGGACAAGAAGUCUGUCAGGUCACCCUCGAAGAAGCUUCCGCUCGCAACACUCGCACAAUGUAUGGUGGAGGGGGCAGCUGUGCUCGGGGACGAGUCUCUACUAGGGAAGAUGCUGAAGCUCUGUGGAGAGACUCAGGAAAGACUUGCCCAGGAGCUCAUCUUGUUCGAGCUCACCAUCGAGAGGGACGUGAUCGAGCCUUUGUAUGACCUCGCAGAGGUGGAAAUCCCCAAUAUCCAGAAACAAAGGAAACAUUUAGCCAAGCUGGUCCUGGACAUGGACUCUGCACGGACACGGUACUCUCAGUCCACCAAGUCUUCAGGACUGUCCAGCAACCUGCAGCCAGCAGGAGCCAAGGCCGACCACCUCAGGGAAGAGAUGGAGGAGGCAGCCAACCGCAUGGAGAUCUGUCGAGAUCAGUUAUCAGCAGACAUGUACAGUUUUGUGGCCAAAGAAAUUGACUAUGCAAGCUACUUCCAGACACUGAUAGAAGUCCAGGCAGAGUACCACAGGAAGUCAUUAGAGCUGCUUCAGAGCGUGCUGCCCCAGAUCAAAGCUCAUCAGGAGACCUGGGUGGAGAAACCGUGUUACGGGAAACCAUUAGAGGAGCACUUAGCGCUCAGCGGGAGAGAUAUUGCCUUUCCCAUCGAGGCCUGUGUCACCAUGCUGCUGGAGUGCGGCAUGCAGGAGGAGGGUUUGUUCCGAAUCGCUCCCUCCGCCUCCAAACUCAAAAAGCUGAAGGCAUCUUUGGACUGCGGUGUGUUAGAUGUUCAGGAGUACUCUGCAGACCCGCACGCCAUCGCAGGUGCUUUGAAGUCCUACCUGCGGGAGCUCCCUGAACCAUUAAUGACCUUUGAACUCUACAAUGAAUGGAUCCAGGCCUCAAACAUUCAAGAUCAAGACAAGAGACUGCAAGCUCUGUUCAGUGCAUGUGAGAAACUCCCUCCAGCCAACAACACCAACUUUAAGUAUUUAAUCAAAUUCCUGUCCAAACUGACUGACUACCAGGACGUGAACAAAAUGACGCCGGGAAACAUUGCUAUUGUCCUCGGACCCAACCUGCUGUGGACUCACAAUGAAGGCAACAUCACGGAGAUGAUGACCACAGUUUCCCUGCAGAUCGUGGGCAUCAUUGAGCCCAUCAUCCAGCACGCUGACUGGUUCUUCCCAGGAGAAAUCGAGUUCAACAUCACAGGGAACUAUGGCAGCCCCGUCCACACCAACCACAACGCCAACUACAGCUCGAUGCCCUCUCCGGAUAUGGAUCAGAUGGAUCGCAAGCAGAACGACCAGAGCCGACGGCCGCUCAGCGUCGCCACGGACAACAUGAUGCUGGAGUUUUAUAAGAAGGACGGCAUUAGGAAGAUACAAAGCAUGGGUGUCAGGGUGAUGGACACUUCUUGGGUGUCGCGCAGGGGAUCGUCGUCUACACGUAUAACCUCGUCCACGCCACCGAGCGUGCACCCCCCCACCCCACCCGUAGACACGCUCAUCCCCGAGCAGCCUGGGGAAUUCUCAGCCUCCCCCUCCCCUACCCCUCCUCCCACUAGCAGCGACCGAGCCAGUUCAGACGAUGCAUCCUCCAAUUGGUCGGACUCCUGUUAUGCCUACCCCUCCCCCGAGGAGGAGAGGCCGCCUCCCCCUUACCCCUCUUCCUCUUCUUCCUCCUCCUCCUCUUGCUCUUCCUACUCGCUCUCUCACCACCAUUUCCGCACCCGAACACCUCCGGGAAUGCGUCCCGUUGCCCCCAGCCCAGAAUCUGUGCCCCCUGGCCCGUCCCCACCGCCACGCCGCACUGGGUGCAGCCCGCCUCCACUCCCUCACUCCCUGUGCCCAUCCCCUCAGCAGCUUGACUUCAACUCUAACCCCAAACCUAACUCCCUGCACCUGCCCAAACCGGCCUUCCCGUCUAGUGCUCAGCAUGCGCCCCCGUCCGAAACAAAUGGCUCGUGCCUCUACAUCAAGCCCCCGCUCGUUCUCACUCGUCACGAUCUCUUCCUCGGCUCCCCAAAACCCCCCAACACCCCUCUCCCCGCUCCCCCUCCAUGGGCAGCCUGUGCCUGUAGCCGGGAGAGAGGAGCCAAGCAGAUGAGCACUCUGAAGAACAAGGAGCUGUCUCCAGUGAUUGGACAAAAGGGACUCCAAGGAGCAAUGACCUCUAGUGGACAAUCACAGCUGUCUGAGCACAGUCCACACACCCUGAGGAGAGCAAAGAAGCUGGCCCCGAUCCCACCUAAAGGCCCUUACUGCCAAACGGGAGCCAUGUCCGACCAGUCGACAGGUCAGCCGUCUCCGGUCAGCCUGUCACCCACUCCCCCCAGCACCCCCUCCCCAUAUGGCUUCAGCUACCCACAGGGAUAUGCCACCAUUGGCUCCCCGGGUCAGAUUCAGAUGGCAACCACCCCAUCUUUGUCCUCUCCACCCUCACUGGCCGGCACUCUCACCAAGGCCAGACCGACCCCCAAGCCGCCCCGACAGAGACCCAGCUUGCCUCCUCCUCAGCCUCCCUCCACACCCGGCACGAGUCCUCAGCCUCUGGACCAUUCGUCAGGGCUCCUGGACGGUCUGUCUCCUGGGGAAAGCAUGUCCACGGAUUCCCUCUGCAACUUGGACAUCCCCAUCAUUAACAUGGAACUGGACAGUAUUUUUGACUUGACCCACAUCUCCCCCUUCAGGAACUCAGUGGCGCAGCUGGAGUCGAACAACAGCAGAUCGGACUCGGAGGAAGAGUCUGAGAGCACAGUGCUAUGACACCACUGACUUCCCCCGCCCUCUCCGUCAGGCUACUGCUGCACCGUCUCGCUCGUUCAUCAACCUUUCACCUGUCUGGCUGGAUUAUCUUCGGCCUCCUCUGGAUCUCCUCAUCACGCCUCACCUGUGCUCGAUCCAGAGGGG